CCAGCUCACCAGAACCUACCCAAAGUAUCAUUCAUCUGCUAUACACUUAGAAAAAUAAGUCAUCGCGAACAGUGAUGGAGAACCUUCCGGUCGAUUAUUUUGUCACGAGCAUGCAAUUUACCGCAAGGACUCAUCGAGAUGUUUACGCUGCAAUCGAUCCCAACCAGGCUGCGCUGUCUCAGAAGGGCAAGGUGAUAGUGGUUACUGGUGCCAGUCAGGGCCUCGGUGCUCGAGGUUUCGUACCCUCAUUCGCAGCCGCUGGCCCCAAGGCGAUUGUUCUUGUCGCUCGCAGAGCCGACAAACUCCAGGAGGUAGCCGAUACCAUCGCAAAUUCACACCCAACAGUUGAGACGCUUGUGGUGCCUACAGAUAUUAGAGAUCCAGCUGCAGUUCAGGCUCUAUUCGAGAAGGUGAAGCAGAAGUACGGACACGCUGACGUGCUCGUCAACAACGCGGCCGUCUUCAAGGAAGUGAAGCCUGCCAGGGAUGCUGACCGUCAUAUAUGGUGGGAAGAGAUGACGAUCAACAUUCACGGCACGUUCCUUGUCACGCAGCAGUUCCUGAAGCAGCUUCCUUCUCCAGACACAGCAGCUAGGAUAAUCACCCUUACAACGGGCGCAGCCUACCUAGUCUUUCCUGGAUCGAGCGCGUAUGGCAUAUCGAAGCUUGCAGUCCUCGAGCUCAUGGCAUAUGUCGCAGUCGAGAACCCGAAUGUGGUUGCGAUAGCGCUGCACCCAGGCAUUGUGGACACCGAGAUGACGAAAGAAAUGUUCAAGAGGUUUGCCCUCGAUACGCCGGACCUUGUCGGUGGCAUCGGCGUCUGGCUUGCUGGUUGGGAAGGUCUGGACCGAAGCUUCCUGAGCGGCAGAUUCGUGGCCUCUAACUGGGAUGUCGAGGACUUGGUGGGCAGGAAGGACGAGAUCGUAGAGAAGGAGCUACUGAAAAUAACCCUAAAUGCAAAGUUGGGACCCGAGCAAUUUAAGUAGCCCAGAAGAUGAUUGUAGCCUGCGAAUGCAAGUUGCCAAGCACGGCGUUACCACUGUUGUGCACUCUCUACGGACCACAUCCGUUUGACAUACGCUAUGCCUCUGCUGAAGCAAAGCAAGAUGCAAG